AUGGUGGAUAAAAGCUGUGCCUUCCUAAGUGCUAUAGAGCUAUCACCAAUCAUUCUCUUUUAUCUGAGCAUUGUGGCAAUUGAAUCUGUGACAGGGAUUGUUGGAAAUGGAUUUAUUUUGGUCAUCAACUUAGCCAGCUGGGUCAGGAACAGAGUAGUGUCUUCCUGUGAUAUGAUUCUGAUCUUCCUGAGCUUCUCCAGGCUCUGUCUACAGUCCUGCAUGCUGAUGGAUUUUGUCUGCAACUUGUUUUAUCCAUCUUUUUAUAAUCAGGAAGAUGUAUAUGAAAACUUCAAGGCUAUCUUCGUGUUCCUGAACAACUCCAGCCUUUGGUUUGCCACCUGGCUUGGUGUGUUUUACUGUGCCAAGAUUGCCAACUUCAACCACUCCUCCUUUCUCUGGCUUAAACAAAACAUUUCCAGCCUGGUGCCAUGGCUAUUAGCAGGAUCAUUGCUGUUCUCCUUUGGAAGCAGCCUUUCUUUCUACUGGGAUAUCUACAAGGUGUACUGCAACUACUCCACUGCCUUCCCCUUGGAAAACACCACAGAGCUGAAAGUGAUAAAGAACACUAAUUUGUUUUAUGUGAUUUUUCUCUGCAAUGCCAGUCUAUCCCUGCCUACAAUAGUGUUUGUUUCCUCCAUUGUACUGCUGAUUUCCUCCUUGUGGAGACAUACCAAACGAAUGCAAAAUAAUGGAACUGGUCUCAGAGAUCCCAGCACAGAAGCUCACAGAGGCGCCAUCAAAUCUGUCUUUUCUUUCUUAAUCCUAUACUUUUUCAAUUUAAUUGCUUUAAUUCUCACCUUGUCCAACAUCUUCUCAGCUUAUGGCACCUGGGAUAUCCUAUGCAUGCUUGUGAUGAGUGCCUACCCCAUGGUGCACUCUGUAAUCUUGAUUCUGGGCAAUCCCAAAUUAAGAAGGGUAUCACUUAAUUUUCUUCACUAUGCCAGUUGUCAUUUUAGAGGAGGACCUAAGUGA